AUGAAGCACCUGUCUGACAGGACCUGCCGGUUUGCGAAGCCUGCAGAGUUGGCCGAGUCCGAUGGGCCGUUUUCCGAUGCUACUCGGCAUUCGGUAGUCUGGCACACCAACACCGAGUCUCCGGGUCAGUCAAGCGGACAAGCCGAUGCGGAUGGGUUCCGAUGCCCUCCGGGGCCUAGCGGAAGGAGUCUUCGGUUGGCAGGUCAAGCGGAGCCAAGCGUGUCCUUUUGCGAGCAGAUCCGAACACAAUUACAGCCCACAUUUGUCACAGCUCACCCUCUGUAUGUGCAUGCCUUGACAGCGUCUCAUCGCAAAUUCACCUCCGGCACAAGUAAUUGCAAAUGUGUGCAAACCGGCAGCACACAUGCAUCUCGCAUAGAACAUGCACACAACUACACCGGCCAAUGCGGCACAUUCAGUCACACCACUGUGUCGUCUCGCCAAGCCACUGUGCAGAGCAGUGUGAGAAACAGGGACUUUAUCAUCUCGCUUGCUCUUCUGCCAAUCCCUGCAUGCCCAACUCGAAGAAAUGUCUUAGUGCCCAUCCGUUCGUCUGUUCGUACGUCGAUCCCCCAGCCUAUGCACAACAUCAAUUGA